AUGCUGCCCUUGCUGGGGGGCACACAGAGGUGCUUCUGGGCUGUCCUCCUCCUGGCCCUGACCAUCCUGCUACUGGCCUGCUUCCUGCAUAUGGACGUGGGGCUGCUUGUGCCCCUGCUUGAGGACCAGAACCAGGGCCCACCCAUCACCAACAUCAUGUUCCUUAAGACGCACAAGACAGCCAGCAGCACGGUGCUCAACAUCCUCUACCGAUUCGCAGAGACACACAACCUGUCUGUGGCCCUUCCUGCUGGCUCGAGCUACCACCUGGGCUACCCUUUUUUCUUCCUAGCGCGCUAUGUGGAGGGCGUGACGCCCCACGGGCCCCCGAGCCGCUUCAACAUCAUGUGCAACCACCUCCGCUUUUACCCGCCCGAGGUGCAGAAGGUGAUGCACCGCGACACUUUCUACUUCUCCAUCCUCAGGAACCCCGUGUCCCAGCUAGAGUCCUCCUUCACCUACUACCACCGCUCCGUGCCGGCCUUUCGCCACGUGGCCAGCCUGGACGCCUUCCUGGAGGCGCCGCACACCUUCUACAACGCCAGCGCGGGGCUGCUCAACGCACACGCGCGCAACAACAUGUGGUUCGACCUGGGCUUCGACCCCGACGCCCCCGCGCACGAGGAGGGCUACGUGCGCACGCGCCUGGCCGAGGUGGAGCGGCGCUUCCAGCUGGUGCUCAUCUCCGAGCACUUCGACGAGUCCGUGGUGCUGCUGCGGCACCUGCUGCGCUGGCGGCUGGACGACGUGGUGGCCUUCCGCGUGAACGCGCGCAGUCCCGGCUCGGUGGCGCGCCUGUCCCCCGAGAGCCGCGCGCGCGCGCGCCGCUGGUGCGCCCUGGACUGGCGCCUGUACCAGCACUUCAACCGCACGCUCUGGGCGCGCGCGCUCUCCGAGCUCGGCCCGCGCCGCCUGCGCGCCGACGUGGAGCGGCUGCGCGCGCGGCGCCGCCAGCUCGCAGAGCUGUGCCUGCUCGGGGGCGCGGCCCAGAACCACACGUCGGUCGCAGACUGGCACCUGCGCCCCUACCAGUCGGGAGAAGCGCACAUCCAGGGCUUCGCCCUCCGACCGGGCUUGGACAAUGCCACGCAGCGCCUGUGCCAGAGGAUGGCCAUGCCCGAGCUCCAGUACAUGGCCCAUUUGUACAACCUGCAGUUCCCGGAGAAGCCCCCCAAGAGGGUCGACCUUUCCGUUUAG